CGAUAGGAACUAUUCUGAGGUUUCCACAGCUACCCAGCCGGAAGUCUGAGCGGUCGUACAGGUGCCCAAAGUCGGUUUCGACACGCCAUUGUGUAAGGUAGUUAGCCCAACGUUACCCGCAUAUUAACUCUUAGCUAGGUCUCCUAGCUGAGGUAUCCUGUUGUCAAACACACUAGACCUACCGAAGAAACGCCGCCGUGAUGGCUACGGACUCCUGGGCCCUGGCAGUGGACGAGCAAGAAGCCGCGGCCGAAUCGAUCGGUAAUCUGCAGAUUAAAGACAAACCAGAGGAAAAUGGCACAAACGCAACAGAUGCAAGCAGUGCAGCUGCAAAGACAGCAGGAGACGGGGACAACAAGGCUUCAGAGGAGGAUGAAAAAGAGGACAAAGCGGCCCAGUCUCUGUUGAACAAGUUGAUCCGCAGUAAUCUUGUCAACACCACUAACCAAGUAGAGGUUCUUCAGAAGGAUCCUAACUCUCCUCUGUACUCUGUCAAGUCUUUUGAGGAAUUACGACUUAAACCUCAGCUGCUUCAGGGUGUGUACGGGUUGGGCUUCAACCGGCCUUCCAAAAUCCAAGAGACUGCCUUACCUAUGAUGCUGGCAGAACCUCCACAGAAUCUGAUCGCCCAGUCACAAUCAGGAACAGGGAAAACGGCUGCCUUUGUCCUGGCCAUGCUCAGCCACGUAGACCCCAACAACAAAUACCCCCAGUGCCUGUGUGUGUCACCUACCUAUGAGCUGGCGCUUCAGACUGGCAAGGUGAUCGAGCAGAUGGGAAAGCACUAUCCAGAAGUCAAACUGGUUUACGCCAUCAGAGGCAACAAGUUGCAGCGGGGCAUGAAGCUGCAGGAGCAGAUUGUCAUUGGCACACCAGGCACCAUGCUGGACUGGUGCUCCAAGUUCAAGUUUAUUGAUCCCAAGAAGAUCAAGGUGUUUGUGCUGGAUGAGGCGGACGUCAUGAUUGCUACACAAGGUCACCAGGACCAGAGUAUCCGCAUCCAGAGGAUGUUGCCUAAAAACUGCCAGAUGCUGCUGUUCUCAGCCACGUUUGAAGAGUCUGUGUGGCACUUUGCCCAGCGCAUCGUGCCGGACCCCAACAUCAUCAAGUUGAAGCGAGAGGAGGAGACGUUGGAUACGAUCAAACAGUACUACGUGUUGUGCAACAGCAAGGAGGAGAAGUUCCACGCCCUCUGCAACAUCUACGGAGCCAUCACCAUCGCCCAGGCCAUGAUCUUCUGCCAUACAAGGAAGACGGCAGGCUGGCUGGCAGGAGAGCUUUCCAGAGAGGGCCACCAGGUGGCGCUGCUCAGUGGAGAAAUGCAGGUGGAGCAGAGGGCUGCUGUCAUCGAACGCUUCAGGGAUGGCAAGGAGAAGGUCCUGGUCACCACAAACGUUUGUGCACGAGGUAUCGAUGUUGAGCAGGUUUCGGUGGUGAUCAAUUUUGACCUUCCAGUGGACAAGGAUGGAAACCCCGACAACGAGACGUACCUGCACAGGAUCGGCCGCACAGGUCGAUUUGGCAAAAGGGGCCUGGCCAUCAACAUGGUCGACAGCAAGUUCAGCAUGAACAUCCUCAACAGGAUCCAAGACCAUUUCAAUAAGAAAAUUGAAAAACUAGACACAGAUGAUCUGGAUGAAAUAGAGAAAAUCGCCAGCUAAAGAGAACUGCGUGAUCGCAUGACGGACACCAACCCAACUCCCCCUCCCCUCCACCCUCUACAAGGACUGUACGCUCCUACAGUGUUUAACGCUUUUAUUUUUUUAGUCGUCAGAGAAAAGAGCAAAGCCACAAAAACACAGCAUAUGUUUACACGUGGACGUCUUCUCUCAGACAGGUGUUUUUUAAGUCUCUGGAACAUACCCUGUUUCACUCUUUGUACUUCUCUAAAUAAAGUCUAUAAUGUUAUCGCUGUGUAUCGUAAUGCUGCAAAAGCGGGCGUAGUUGGAUAUGUUUUACUGUACACAUAUGAAUUUACAAACACUUAUCGCCGCUUGCUGUAGUGGUGGCAUGAUACAAGCUUAAUGUCCUCAGAGAUUUUAAUGUUUGUGUUAAAUACUCAUUAAUUACAGGAGCCCAAACCUGAAAAGGACUACUUUUAUGUGCCACAAAGUUGCUAGUUUCAAAGAAAAAUAGGAACCUAUUAUAACUGAAUGUAACUAUAUCUUGCAAGCAUUUAGUCUGCUCUAUUGUGAUUACCAAAACUCAGAGUACAAAGGGUGAAGUUGGGUAUGCUGCACCAAGUGGUAGAUUUAAUCAUUAAGAUUACAUUGUUGAGAUGGUGAUGGUUGGGUGUCAAGGGUCUAUGCAAACUUAUCAACCUGUGAUAACUGCUAUCAGAUACUAUCAACCUUUAUUCACAACGACAGACAGAAAAUUUAAUCCACAGAUAACCUCAGUUUUAGCAUCAGGGUUUGUAGUCAAAUGCCAAAUAGGCUAGAGUGAAAGUAGACUACUAAUUCCAAGUCAUGGACAUUUAGAUAUUAUCACGUUCAGUCAGUAUCAAAAUCAUUGGCCAACCAUGCAUCAUCUCACAAACAUGUUGUUAUUGUUUAUCAUUUUAAAAACUAUUAUGGCCAUUAUGUUUUAUGACUGAUUUUGGUGCCACUACUGAGCAGCAAUCAUUUGUGUUUUUUUCCAUUGUUUCUUAAAACAUCAUUUUAUUCAAAAUGUGGCCAUUAAGGUCUGAUGUGAUCAGUUUCCCUUGUGUCUCACUGUCCCACACAAUCUUUUGAAUCAGGGUCUCCAUUUUGGCUUCUGUUCAGCUAUGUCAUUCACCCAGGCUGUGCUGCCAUUAUUAUGGGUUGUGAGGUGAAAAAUUACGCAAUGCCUUCCUCAAGUGCAUUUAUUAAUCGUAUAUAUAUGAUUUUGUUAUUAAUAUUCAAAGACAUUGGGCUUAACAUUCUGACUAACACUUGAAAUUUUGAUCAUAUAUUGAAUUAUGGGCGUCUUUAGGAUGUGUGAAUUAUCCACCUUGUUGAAACCAAAUGCUGAUUUGACUUGAGGACCAUUCGCACCUAUGCCAAUCAGAUUCACUGUGUUACUCCAACAUGGUCACAUGGAUAGAAAACUUGUACUUGUGUACAUAUUUAAAACAUUAGGUCAAAGAAAGUGUGUGGCUGAAUGAUAGACUGCUUGUCACUUCUAAGAAGUGCAAAAACAUUCCUUUUUGAGGUUCAAUUUUGAUAGAUGCAGCACUUCAUGAUCACGGUGAGCCUAAAUCAAUAAACUUCGCAUUAACGGGUGACUGUACAAAAUUAAGGAAACUGUGAUGGCUUGUGCAAUCCAUUAAUGUACUGGAACAUUAAGGGCAAUGAUUGGUCAAUCUGAACCUUCAAACUUUAUCUGGCUCUCACUGGCAUUGAGAAACGUGCUAGUGCGGAUUUAAAUGGACUGCUGAUGGACAACUUGCUGACAUCACUCAGUGAGCAGAAGCAGCCAAAUUAUGAGCAAGUGAGAAUGCGCUGAAAAUGAACAGAAUAGUGAACAUGUCCGUGAAGUCUCUGGAGUACAGAAGCAGUGUAUGCAGUUUCAUUUGGACAUUUGGAUGUAUACUUUAUCAGUGGGAGUGUGUUCUGAGUGCACUUUGUUGAUCCAUAAUGUAAUACCACUGUAUAUGAGAGCCAUGGAUGCACACAGCAGCUUUGGCUACAGGACUCAACACUCCUCUCCACAUGUUGUCUACCUUAUUCGAUACAUAUAUUCUACCAAAAAAGAAAAGAAAAAAAAAAAAAAAACGCUCAUAAAUGUACACAUAAGAGUAAUGAUGUGUAAUCAGGUUUUAAAGCAAGUUGUCUUGCAAUAUGAAGUUCUUGCAUAGACGUGACAGGUUCAAGGUGUGUGGCAUUCUGUAGCUGAGCUGCGUUCAUGGACACAGUCAUGUUAUUUCUGAAGUAUGUUGAAUUAAAAGAACACAUAGAUGUUCAUCUGUACUUGGU